AUUGACCUCACGGUAAGAAAAUCUACAAUAUUUCACGGAUAACGAAAACAACACUCGAAUUAAAAUUUGGAAAUCAAAAGUCUCCCAGGUUCCUUUGAAAGAUCACACUACUGUUUUUUGGACUCGAGCUUCUUCUUCAACAAUGCCUCUCUCUCUCCGACUUGCUCCAUCUCCGACGUCUUUCCGUUAUUCUCCGAUUACAUCUACCGGCGCCGGAGGAUUUUCCCCCGUGAAGCAGCACUGCCGGAUCCCGAAUUCGGGCGUCGCGACGAAAAUUGGAUUCUGUUCUGGUGGUGGUGGUGUUUUAGAUUCCGGUAGAAGGAUUGGUUCCUGUGUGGUGAGGUGUAGCUUAGAAACAGUGAAUGUCACUGUUGGCCAGGUGACGGAGGUUGAUAAGGACACGUUCUGGCCAAUUGUUAAAGCCGCCGGUGAUAAGAUUGUUGUCCUCGACAUGUACACUCAGUGGUGUGGUCCUUGCAAAGUGAUUGCUCCCAAAUACAAAGAGCUAUCGGAGAAGUACCAGGACAUGGUGUUUCUUAAGCUUGAUUGUAACCAAGACAACAAGCCAUUGGCGAAAGAGCUAGGAAUUAGAGUGGUUCCAACUUUUAAAAUCUUGAAAGACAACAAGGUAGUAAAGGAAGUGACCGGGGCAAAAUAUGAAGACUUACUUGCAGCCAUUGAAGCAGCAAGGUCAGGCUGAGUCUCUCUCUAUAUCACUCAUUAUGUAAAGUAUUAGGAUCAUUCUCCAUCCAUGUAAUUCGUUUGGUUCUAUGUAUGUAACUCUUUGCUGUUCCCUUAACCGGAAUCGGUUGUUCACUAUCUAUGUAUAAAUGCUGGAAAGUUAUGGAAUGAUGAGCUGAAUGUGUAUCUGUAUGCAUCACAAGUUCAUAACCAAGUAAAUAUGCAUGUAAACUAUAAGAAAUUUAAAAAUUAAGAUUGAUUUUAAUUUUGGGGGACCCGAUUGUUGAAAUAGAUGCAUUUUGUUUAUAGUUUUGGCUUACAUGUACGAUGCUUGUGCUUUGUUUUCAAUGGAUGUUCCAACUUCCAGCUAGAUUGUUAACAAGUCAUAUCUUCAUUUAGUUGUUCACCAAAUCCAGUCUCGCCUAAUUUUAAAAAUUUAAUACAUUUGGCGUAUGUAUAUUAGGCUAAUGUAUUUGGAUCUAUUCAUGUAUUUUUUUAUAAAAA